AUGCUCCGUAACUCCUCGCGCGCCCUGAAGGGGCUCGCCGAAGCUCGGCCCGGCCAGCAACGAGCACUCACGACCAUCAAGAGGGCCGCGCCCAUGGCCCUGGGGUACAAUGCCCCCUCCAACCUGAGAUAUCAGUCCUCGUCGGCGGCCCAAAAUUCAACGAGCACCGAGGUGCGCACGAAAUCCAGCCAGUCCUUCAAUUCCACUCCCUCGAGGGAUCGGAGCCAUGUCCAGCCCCUCGUUAACCCCCAGAAGGGGAAUAUGGACGAAUCGUUCAUUGGGAAGACGGGAGGCGAGAUCUUCCAUGAAAUGAUGCUCAGGCACGGUGUAAAACACAUCUUUGGCUACCCUGGCGGUGCUAUUCUCCCCGUGUUUGAUGCGAUCUACAACUCACCACACUUCGAGUUCAUCCUGCCCAGGCACGAGCAGGGCGCCGGCCAUAUGGCAGAGGGCUAUGCGCGCGCCUCUGGCAAGCCUGGGGUCGUGCUGGUGACUUCUGGUCCUGGCGCGACCAACGUCGUCACCCCUAUGGCCGAUGCCCUCGCCGAUGGCACGCCUAUGGUUGUCUUCACUGGUCAGGUCGUUACCAGCGCCAUUGGCAGCGAUGCCUUCCAAGAAGCCGAUGUCGUCGGCAUCUCGCGUGCCUGCACCAAGUGGAAUGUUAUGGUGAAGAGCGUGGCCGAGCUUCCCCGGAGGAUCAACGAGGCUUUCGAGAUCGCCACUAGCGGCAGGCCCGGCCCCGUCCUUGUCGAUCUUCCCAAGGAUAUCACUGCGGGUGUCCUGCGGCGCGCCAUCCCCACCGAGCCGACCAUUCCGACCAUCCCUAGCGCCGCCUCUCGCGCUGCUCUCGAGCUCACCCGGAAGCAGCUCGAGGCCUCGAUUCGCCGCGUCGCCCAUCUCAUUAACAUCGCCAAAAAGCCCGUUAUUUAUGCUGGUCACGGUGUCAUCUGCUCCGAAGGCGGCACAGAGCUGCUAAGAACUCUUGCCGACAAGGCUUCCCUGCCCGUCACUACCACUCUUCACGGUUUGGGCGCUUUCGACGAGCUUGAUCCCAAGUCGCUUCACAUGCUUGGCAUGCACGGCGCUGCCUAUGCCAACAUGGCUAUGCAGGAGGCUGACCUUAUCAUUGCCCUCGGCGGUCGCUUCGAUGAUCGUGUGACCGGCAGUGUUGCCAAGUUCGCCCCGGCUGCCAAGGCUGCUGCCGCAGAGGGCCGUGGUGGCAUUGUCCACUUUGAGAUCCUGCCCAAAAACAUCAACAAGGUUGUUCAGGCAACCGAGGCUAUUGAGGGUGAUGUGGCGACAAACCUCAAGCUGCUCCUCCCCCAUGUUGAGCCGAAGACGAUGGAGGAUCGCAAGGAGUGGUUCGACAAGAUCAAUGAGUGGAAGAAGAAGUGGCCCCUGUCCGACUUCGAGCGCUCGGAGCGCGCUGGCCUGAUCAAGCCCCAAGCUCUGAUCGAGGAGCUGAGCGACCUCGUUGCUGAUCGCAAGGAGAACACUUACAUCUCUACUGGUGUCGGCCAGCAUCAGAUGUGGGUUGCUCAGCAUUACCGCUGGCGAUACCCGCGCACUAUGAUCACCUCGGGUGGCCUUGGUACCAUGGGCUACGGCUUGCCGGCCGCCAUUGGUGCUAAGGUAGCCAAGCCUGAUGCUCUGGUCAUCGAUAUUGAUGGCGAUGCUUCUUUCGCCAUGACUCUGACUGAGCUGGCCACUGCUGCUCAGUUUAACAUUGGCGUCAAGGUUAUUGUCCUGAACAACGAGGAGCAGGGCAUGGUUACCCAGUGGCAGAACCUCUUCUACGAAGACCGCUACUCGCACACUCAUAUGAAAAAUCCCGACUUCAUGAAGCUGGCUGAUGCCAUGGGCAUCCAGCACAGGCGUCUCGUCAGGCCUGAAGAGACUCGUGAGGCUCUGAAGUGGCUGAUUGAGACGGAUGGCCCGGCUCUACUUGAGGUUGUUACCGACAAGAAGGUGCCUGUCCUUCCCAUGGUUCCUGCUGGGUCUGCCCUGCACGAGUUCAUUACUUGGGACAGUGAGAAAGACAAAAAGAGGAGAGAGCUGAUGCGGCAACGCACUGGUGGUCUCCAUGGUUAA